AUGACAACCAAAUCAAGUGUCGGAAAAGCCAACAUCUUGGCUCUUGGGAAAGCAUUCCCUCACCAACUUGUUAUGCAAGAUCUACUUGUUGAAGGCUAUUUUAAGGAUACCAAUUGUGAUGACCCGGAACUCAAACAGAAGCUCACUCGACUAUGCAAAACGACAUGUGUGAAAACAAGGUAUGUGGUUAUGUCACAAGAGAUACUCGAGAAAUACCCCGAGUUCGCACUCGAAGGCUUACCAACAGUCAGACAAAGACUAGAGAUUGCCAACAAGGCGGUUACACAAAUGGCAAUCGAAGCCUCACAAGCAUGCAUCAAAAAAUGGGCCCGACCCAUUUCUGAUAUCACCCACUUGGUGUAUGUUUCCUCUAGCGAGGCCCGACUCCCAGGUGGCGAUAUUUACUUAGCCAAAGGGCUUGGGCUAAGCCCGAACACCAACCGGGUCCUACUUUACUUCUCAGGCUGCUCAGGCGGUGUAGCAGGACUACGGGUUGCUAAAGAUAUAGCCGAAAACAACCCGGGAAGCCGGGUCCUGCUUGCAACAGCUGAAACCACUAUUGUCGGGUACAAACCACCAAAUGUUAACCGCCCGUAUGACCUAGUUGGGGUUGCACUUUUUGGAGAUGGUGCGGGUGCGAUGAUGAUCGGGUCGGACCCCACCGGGCCCGAAAGCCCGUUGUUUGAGAUGCAUACUGCGAUACAAAAUUUCUUGCCCGACACUGAAAAGGUUAUUGACGGGAGGCUAAGUGAAGAGGGGAUUAGCUUUAGGUUAGAUAGAGAUCUUCCUGAAAUCAUUGAGGAUAAUGUGAAGGGGUUUUGUGACAAGUUAAUGGGCUAUUAUGGGCCUAAUGAGAUGGCAUAUAAUGAUUUGUUUUGGGCCGUGCAUCCUGGUGGGCCGGCUAUAUUGAACAAGCUAGAGAAGAAACUUGAUUUAUUGCCGGAUAAAUUGAAUGCAAGUAGAAAGGCUUUGGCGGAUUAUGGAAAUGCAAGUAGUAAUACGAUUGUGUAUGUGUUGGAGUAUUUGAUUGAAGAGGGUUUGAAGAGGAAGAAAGAAGGGAAAGACGGUGGGCCUGAUUUGGGCCUUAUUUUGGCUUUUGGGCCUGGGGUUACAUUUGAAGGUAUUCUUACAAAGAACUUGACCGUGUAA